AUGUACUCUCCACCUCUCUCCCAAGCAGAUACGCUGCACAAGUCAAGUUGUCCUACACGUGUACGCGUUCUGGCAGCGCUGAAGCUCGCGCCAAUCACCGGCGUCCACCUCGGCGAUUGCGCCCCACCCACCCCGCCGCUUGUGCUACAUUUCAGCGAAGCAGCCAUGGACGAGCAGCAGUUCGUCGGACUCCUCGAGUCGCUCUUGCAGCCUGACACCGAGCGUGUCAAGUCUGCCACUGCGACGCUCAACAAGACAUACUACACUUCGCCUGCGUCGCUCAACGCUCUCCUCCAGAUUAUCUGCAACCACCCAAAGCCUGAGCUGCGCCAGCUGGCCGCCGUCGAAGCUCGCAAGCUGGUGACGAAGCAUUGGGCGGACCUCCCAGCUGAUCAGAAAUCAACACUGCGGAACCAGAUCUGCCAGUUCACAUUGAACGAGGAUGUCACGCUCACCAGGCACUCGGCUGCCCGAGUCAUUGCCGCGAUCGCGACCCAGGAUUUUGAGGAUGGCGAGUGGGGCGACCUACCUGCCUUCCUCCAGCAGGCGGCCACAAGCUCUAAUGCAAGGCAUAGAGAGGUCGGCACAUAUAUUAUCUGGACUACCCUGGAGACCGUUGGCGAUGCCUUUCCAGGCAAGAAGACCGAUCUGUACAGUUUGUUCAGCUCGACCAUCAAAGACCCUGAGAGCGCCGAAGUCCGGGUGAACACAAUGUUGGCUUUGAGCAGGCUGGCCAUGCUCUUGGAGCCGGAUGAGGAGCCUCAGGAACUUGCCUUAUUCCAAGAGUCCAUCCCCGGCAUGGUCGCAGUUUUGCAGGCCACCGUCCAGGAGGGCGAUGAAGACCAUGCUCUUCAAGCCUUCGAGGUCUUCCAGACGCUCCUUGGGUGCGAGUCUGCUCUUCUGCAGAAGCACUUUGCCGAUCUUGUCAAAUUCAUGAUUGAGCUUGCCGGCAACAAGGAGGUCGACGACGACUACCGUUCGCAAGCUCUUGCUUUCUUGAUGCAGUGCGUCAGAUAUCGCAAGCUCAAGGUGCAGGGGCUGAGGAUUGGUGAGGAGCUUACUCUCAAGGCUCUGCAGAUUGUGACGGAGCUGGGCGACCUUGCCAGUGAAGAUGAGGAUGUCACUCCUGCCCGCUCGGCUCUUGGUCUGCUUGAUAUCCUUGCCUCAAGCCUGCCUCCUAGCCAGGUCGUCAUCCCGCUUCUGAAGGCUCUUGGUGGGUACUUUUCUUCUCAGGAUCCUGACUACCGCCAAGCUGGUGUCCUCGCUCUUGGCAUGUGCGUCGAGGGUGCUCCCGACUUCAUCGCCACACAGCUUCACGAGAUACUCCCUGCGGUGCUCCAUUUGCUCGAGGAUUCUGACCUCAAGGUUCGAGGUGCUGCUUUGAACGGUGUGGCUCGUUUGGCCGACGAUCUUGCCGAAGACGUUGGUAAGGAGCACGCCCGCCUGAUCCCCGCCAUGAUGAAGAAUUUCGAUUUGGCAGUCAACAACCUCAACGACGAGCGCAGCCUGCAAAUCGUCCGUGGCAGCUGCCAUGCUAUUGACUCCUUGAUUGAGGGGCUUGACCCAGAGGAUGCUGCCAAGUACGUCGGAGAGCUUGUUCCUCGCUUCAGUAAACUCUUCCAUCACGAAGACCUGAAGACCAAGGUCGCAGCCAUCGGUGCAGUCGGCUCCAUUGCAUCCGCCUCUGAACAAGCGUUCUUGCCCUUCUUCGAACAAACCAUGAACGCCCUCUCGCAAUAUGUCACGAUCAAGGACAGCCAGGAAGAGCUGGAACUCCGCGGCGUUGUCUGCGAUUCUCUCGGCAAGAUCGCCGCCGCUGUUGGCGCUCAGCCGUUCGAACCGUAUGUCAUGCCCCUCAUGCAGGCGUCUGAAGAAGCUCUGCACCUCGAUCACCCACGUCUUCGUGAGACCAGCUACAUCCUAUGGUCCACUAUGGCCAGGGUUUACGAGGAAGGUUUCGAGAAGUUUCUCGACGGUGCCGUCAAGGGCCUCAAAGACUGCCUCGAGCAAGACGAAGAUGCCGAGCUUGUCGAGCUGGGAGAGCAGGCCAAGGAUCUCAUUGGCACUGAGGUUGUGAUUGAGGGCCGCAAGGUCAAGGUCGCUGCUGCUACCGAUGAUGAUGACGAUAGUGACCUCAACGAGGCUGCUAUGGAUGCUGACGAUGAUUGGGAUGACAUUGCCGGUGUCAGCGCCGUUGCGAUGGAGAAGGAGAUUGCAGCGGAGGUCUUUGGUGACAUCAUCUCUCACACCAAGCGCGCAUUCUUGCCCUACCUCCAGAAUACCAUCGAGAAGCUUUUGGAGCUUGUUGACCACAACUACGAGGGCAUCCGUAAGGCUGCUCUAGGCACUCUCUGGCGCACAUACGCUACUCUGUUCCAGCUGGCUGAGACUGACGGCAUGGCCAAGUGGAAGCCAGGUCUUCCUCCUCAGGUUGACCCGCCUGCCGAUCUCAAGAAGCUGGGCAACCUUGUGAUGACCGCCACUAUGGCUGUCUGGCAAGACGAGAUGGACCGUGGAACCGUCACAGAUAUCAACCGCGACCUUGGCUCUACCCUCAAGCUCUGUGGUCCUUCAAUGCUAAUGUCUGAGAAGGGCACGGUCGUUCCUGAGAUGGUGCAGCAGCUUUUGGCCAUCAUCACUAAGCGACACCCGUGUCAGCAAGACUUAGGCGAUGAUGACGACGGCGAUGUCCUUGACGAGUCGUCGGAGUACGACUGGCUUGUUAUCGAGACGGCGUUUGAAGUUGUCACGUGUCUCUCAGUUGCUCUUGGGCCUGCGUUUGGCGAGUUGUGGAAGGCUUUCGAGAAGCCCAUUGUCAAAUAUGCCAGCAGCCAAGAGUCGAUUGAGCGAAGUGCGGCUGUUGGUACCAUUGCAGAGUGUGUUGGUAACAUGGGCGAGUCUUGCACCCCGUACACCACCAACCUGCUCAAGCUUCUCGUGCACCGCCUGUCGGACGAGGACCCGGAGACCAAGUCCAAUGCUGUUUACGGUAUCGGUCUGCUAUGCGAGAAGACUACCAGCGACGCGGAGAUCCUCAGCUCGCUGCCCACCAUCUUCAGCAAGCUAGAGCCACUACUCGAUGCCCAGGACCAGGCACGUUUGCUCGACAACACAGCAGGAUGUGUCAGCAGGUUCAUUUCCAAGCACCCUGACAAGAUGCCCAUUGCCGAAGUGCUUCCCCGUCUUAUUCACCUUCUACCAUUGAGGGAGGACUACGAAGAGAACAAGCCCAUCUUCAGCAUGAUCGUGAAGCUCUACCAAGCCAACGAGCCUACGAUCCAGCAGGCUACGCCUACGCUAAUGCCAAUCUUCGAGAAGGUGCUUGGUCCACCGGAGGACCAGUUGGAGGAUGAAACUCGCGCUCAACUGGUUGAGCUUGUUAAGUACCUCCAGAAAUAG